GUCAGCCCAGAGACGCUUCAGGCUGUUACAGACCACAGUCAGAACAGUGACAUCACAUCAUGGAGGGGAAGCUGCUGCUCGUGCUCCUGGUUCUAACUGCUGCAGGAAGCAACGCACAGAACACAUCAAAUGUUUGUGGCAUUGCACCGCUCAACACCAGGAUCGUAGGAGGUGUAAAUGCUCCUCCAGGGUCAUGGCCCUGGCAGGUCAGUCUACACAACAGAAAUGGACAUUUCUGUGGAGGCUCCCUGAUCAACAGCCAGUGGAUCCUGUGUGCUGCUCACUGCUUCUCCAGCACCAGCACAUCAGAUUUAACCGUUUAUCUCGGACGUCAAACCCAACAAUCCCUAAAUCUUAAAGAGGUGUCCCGGUCGCUGUCUCAGAUCAUCAUAAAUCCAGACUAUAACCCUGACACAAACAACAAUGACGUCUCCUUGCUGCUUCUGUCCUCUCCUGUUAACUUCACCGACUUCAUCAGUCCAGUGUGUCUGGCGCCGGAUGGCAGCACCUACCCGGACGGGACAGUCUGCUGGGUCACCGGAUGGGGAACCAUCUCAAGUAGCGGCAUUUCUCUUCCAUUCCCUCAGACGCUGCAGGAGGUCAGCGUUCCCCUUGUGUCCAACAAGCAGUGUAACGCUGCUUACGGAGCAAUCACAAGCAACAUGAUCUGUGCCGGUGUGACCGCGGGAGGGAAGGACUCCUGCCAGGGGGACUCUGGCGGCCCGUUGGUGACUAAAGUCGGCUCUGUGUGGGUCCAGGUCGGAAUAGUGAGUUUUGGAAAAGGCUGUGCUCAGCCCAACUUCCCAGGAGUCUACGCCCGAGUGUCCCAGUACACCUCCUGGAUCAACAGCCAGAUAACAUCUGGAACCACUCAUCUGGUUUCCCUCUCAGCUCCUCUGCUGCUCUCCUUCUUCCCUAUUCUCUUCUCUCUCUUUGUGCUUUCAUAGGAACGUCUAAC